AUGGCGACAUUAUCGAGCCUCGAUGUGAACAGUACGACGCCGGCCGUUGUUACGUGGCGAUGGAACGAUGCGACGCGUUUUCUAGUCGGCCCGGACCCUCAGAUCAGAGACAUCACCAUCACGACUCGUUUCGACAGUCAAGAAACCUUGUUCGACAUCAACAUUCCCAUCAGACUCAAGGGCAUCAAGACUGGCACGUUCCUAAUCAUCAGAGUCCUCCCGCCGUCUAUAUCCUCCUUCGACUUCAUCGAAGCCCCUUCAGUUCCCGAUGAAGUACGCGACAAGUUCCACUCGAGUACCCUCCUCCUCGACUUCCGCUUAAACCAGAACCCCAAACUCAUCGUCUCUGUUGAGGCUGAAGAGCCACUAUCCCCCCUACGGACUCAAUCGGGUACCGUCCUUGACGCUCUUCGCGAACUUGCAAAUGUCACCGUGUUUUCUAUCUACAUCAGAAACUCAGCAACUUCAAAGGCUCAUCUCCAAAAGAUCCGGCAAGCCGUCAGCGACGGCCUAUCCCUCUUCAUUCAAGAUGACUUGAAUACCAUGUUUCGCUGCACGGGAGGCAAGAUUGUCACCCUCCCAUCCCCUACACAAUUGCCCCCGCCAUCCUACGAGGAGACCGAACCUCCACCGCCUCCCGCUCCAAUCUAUGACCGAAAGCGACCGCGAAAAGAUGAUCGUGAAGAACGAGACGAAGACAUCGCGCUGAUCUGGGCCAAGCUUGAGAUGAUACAGACGCGUCAUAGUGAAGAGCUGUGUGCGCUUAGGGAUGAGAACAGAGAUCUCAAGCAGGAGAUCAAUGACCUGCGCGAGCGGUUGAUAGCGUCUGAGAGGAAGCGUCAAGACUUGGAAGAGGAAUUCGGGUCAUUGGCGGGACUGACGAGUGAGAGGGUUAGAGAGUUGGAGGAGCAUACGGACGUUGCCUUCUCAGAAGUCUGGCAGGACAUGGGCGAAUUGACAAGCGAGAUUAAUGCCAUGAAGCUGCGGAUUGAUGAAGAUGAGUUGGUGAAUAGUGUCAAAUUCAGAGUUGUUGAUCACAUUACGGCGAGUCUUUCUCGCGAUAUGCCGCCAGAUGACUGA